UACCGGAAUGUCACGGAGGCAGGUGGUCGUGUCGUAGUACGUACGUCAAUUCGUAUUAUUUGAGUCAUUCGUAACGCUGAGUCAGUGAGGCACGCGCGCUAAGUGAUGUUUGGUUCCGUGCAAGCAAAGCUAUAGGAGCCGUAGGUUAUGCACGCUAUGAGUGAUCCUUCGCCGUUGGCCGGCAUGUUGCCUUUUGACUCUAUCUACGAGCAGCCAAAGCCAAGAUUCAUUUUCAAAAUGCCACGUGUAGUGCCCGAUCAAAAAGCCAAAUUCGAAUCAGACGAUCUCUUCAAAAGACUUAGCAGAGAAAGUGAGGUUAGAUACACUGGAUACCGAGACCGGCCUCCCGAAGAACGCCAGAUGCGGUUCAUGAGCGGUUGCCGCGAGGGACACACGGAGAUAGCGUUUACCGGUACCGGCACAAACCUUCAGCUUGUCUUCGAUCACUCACCCUACAACAACCGUGGCUGCGACUUUCAAAAGGAAAAUGGAAAAGCUCACAUCGUAUCCCGAUUCAUCAUGAACGGUGUUUGUGUAAGAUGGAGAGGUUGGAUCGAUCUGGAACGGCUCGAUGGCGCCGGCUGUCUUGAGCUGGACGAGGAGAGAGCAGCGAUUGAAGAUGCAGCAUUACGUGAUCAGAUCGAGAGGUACAAUCAACGACUACGUGAUUUUGAAGACAAGCAGCGGGCAUACCGCGAACACGGCGAAGAGCUACGUUCACACUCCCACGUGCAUGCCCAACGUUGCCACCAGCCGCGUCAGCCACCACACGCCACCCAUCCGACACAUCCACACCCCCCACACCCACUGCAUAUUAAACCUCAUUCACAGGGAGCUCUAAUAUCUUAAUUCAGUGAUUUUUUUAGCUUUGAUAUUUGUUAUUAUAUUAUUCUACUAACUUACAACUAACUUAGUUUUUGUUCAUAUUCUCAAUAUCAUUCAUAAUCACAUUACUGGCAUCUGCCACAUCUGUGGAAAAUCGAAGUCUGUUUCGGAUCAAGAAUCAAUAGCUUUUUAUUUCUAAAUUUUAUUAACAUGUUGAAAAUGCUUGCAUAAAAAUAGAGUAGCGUAGAUAGCUUCAAACAGGAUGUAUUUUAAUAUGAUAUUAAUUAAAACCAUACAUUCAAAAAACAUAUUUAAAGGUACCAAAAAUUCUGUCUAUUUUUUAAACAAUUAUAAUGUCUUCAAAAUAGUUAAUCACAAAUUACAAAUAAAAAAAUAUAAAAAGAUAAGAUAAAGUAAAAGUAGUAAAAAAUAUUGAGAUUAAUUAAUUCAUUGUAUAUCCUUAACGAUUUUCGAAUCAGUUUGAAAUGAAUACGUGCACUUUCAAAAGAUCCAAGGUCUCUUCAAGUUCCCUCACUUUUUUACUAUACGGUUUUCUAAUGUUCAUUUUUUUAGGGAUCUGAAGUGUACAAAAGAGUAUAAAAUUUAUCCUCAUUUAUAACUGAUCGAGAACACUUUCUAGCGUGAGGUAGGCAAAAAAAAAUUAUAAUCCUUAUCCUUAUUAGAGGUACCAAUCUUGUGACCAAUAGAAAAACGCAGACACUUUUCAUGAAUAUAAAAUUUGUAAAUUUAAAGUUAUUCAUCAUUCAUAAUCAAUCACCUAUAUCCUCACAGUCUCUACAGCAUAACUGCCAAAAUUUUCAGCAUUGAUGAUUACACCUGAUGAAACAGCUUCCACAAUAAUUUAAAGAAUUAAAUUUAAAAUCUAGCUCAACAAUGUAAUUUAAUAAGUUUAAAAAUUGUAGUAGUCUUUUAUGCUUUAUUGUCAUUUAAUGUUGAAUAAAUCGAUUACAAUUAAUGGCAUAGUUAAUAAUGAUACCAAGAUAUCUGCUUAUGUUGUUUUAAGUAAAUGUAUCAUUUAAGUGCAAUCAAAAAUAAUAAAAAUGUAGUUAAAUUGAAUACUUUGCAUACCGUAGAUAAAGUAAAUAGGUUUACUAUAUAGGUACUUUCCCAUUUAAUGUUUGUAAUAUAUAACCUUCGACCGUUGAAUGAAGUAUUUAACCAAAUUAGAAUCUUCUGAUAUUUUAUUGAAACAACCUACA